AUACAAAUAUUGCUAAAGGUGGGAAAGCGACUCAGUCCUCGCUGUUUGAGAAUGCUGUCCCUGAAAGGGCCGUUGAUGGAAAUCGUGCUAGCAACUGGCCAGAGGGUUCCUGUACACACACACAAAAGGAUCAAAAUCCAUGGUGGAGUCUGGACCUCCUGAAAACGUACAACAUCAACACCGUCACAAUCACCAACAGAAAAGAUUGUUGCCCCGAAAGGCUCAAUGGUGCUGAGAUCCGCAUCGGAAAUUCCAUCAUCGACAACCGCAAUGCUAAUCCCAGAUGUGCAGUGAUCUCAUCUAUCGCUGCUGGGGCCUCACAAACCUUUUUUUGUAAUGGAAUGGAAGGCCGUUAUGUAAACAUUGUGAUUCCUGGAAGACAAGAAUACCUGACACUGUGUGAGGUGGAGGUCACUGGUCAGCCUUCAGAUACAAAUAUUGCUAAAG